AUGACCGUCAGCGCCCCCCCGACAACCAGAAGCCCCGACCUGGGCAGCAGCUCCCCCCAGGCGCCCCCCUCGCGCGAGCGAGUCAAGCACCUGGCUGGGAAGCUGUUCGAUGAUCCGGCCCAGGCCGGGUCGCCGACCGGCGGUGGGUCCCCCGGCAGUGCCAAUGUCGCCGGCACGCACUCGCCGUCGGCCCUGCAUGCGCGCGAGCGCGAGGCCGUCUCCUCGACCGCCCGCAGUGCCAUGAAGUUCUGGCAGACGGCCGGCACGUCGGCCGACAAUUCCCCCCUGCCGCCGGUGACCCCGGGUGGGGGGGAUUCCGUGCCGCCCUCCCCCUCCUCCGGGCGCCUGGCCGCCCUGACCGCGGCCUUCGAGAAUCCCUCGCCCUCCUCCUCUCCCUCUGCGCGCCGUGCCCCGGCCGCCGGGUCCCUGGUGUCGGUGGCCACUCUGUCGGCCUCCUUCUCGCCGGUGUCCCUGCCGCUGGAUGGCGCUGCCGGGGCCGGAGCCCGGGCCACCACGCCGACCACGCCCUCCGGCGGGUCGACAUCGGGCGCCAUGCCGAUGGAACGGUCUUCCUCGCAGCGGGCCUCCCGCCGGAACCUUCCCUCCAGCAUUGUCACCUCAUCGUCGGAUGUGGAUGCUGCUGCUGCUGCUGCCGGGGUCAGCGGGGUGCCGCACACUCCCCGCUCGGCGCAGGCCAGUCACCCUCCGACGCCCUUCUCGGCCUCGGCCGCCACUGCCACCGACAGUGGUUCUUCCCGUCGCCCUGUGACGCCGGUGGCGGUGGCAGAGGCCCCGCACGAAUCCUUCGCCGCUGCCACCACCCGCCGGCGGACCUCCUCGUCGGCCUCCUAUUCCUCCAUCUCCUCCUCCUCCUCCAUCUCCUCCUCCUCCUCUUCCUCCUCCUCCUCCUCCUCCUCUGCGGCCCGUGGCCCCUCCAACUCUUCGCUCACCUCCUCCUCCCAUGGGUCCUCCUCCACCAACUCGGCGACUUCCGACCGCGCGCGUGCUCGCCGCGAACGCUCUCGCCGCCCGCCCCUGCUGGUCAAUGGCGUCCCGGCCUCCGGCCGCGAAAACCCCGAUGGCUCCCUGUCGCACGAAGCCGCCGCCAUGUGCCUUGGCAUUUCCAACCUGCCCAACCAGCGCCACAGGCGCGUGGCCAAGAAGGGCGCCCACCUGACCAUGGUGCUCGUCGGCCCCUCCGGUGUUGGCAAGUCCACCUUCAUCAACACCCUCUUCUCCACGCACCUGAUGACCCGUGACCACUCGCAGCGCCACAAGAAGGCCACCCUGCCGGCGGUGGCCGAGGGCGACGAGGCGGCCCCCGAGGCCGAGGCCGCCACCAACAUGCUGACCAUCAUCGAUGCGGACUUCAUCGAGCGCAACUUCGACCUGCGCCUGACCCUGAUCGACACCCCGGGGUUUGCGGAUCAGAUCGACAACACCUCCAGCUGGGACCCGAUCGUCCGGCAUCUGGAGAGCCAGCUCGAGGGCUACCUGCAUGAUGAGCUGCUGGCCGACCGGAGCGGGCUGACCGACAACCGUGUGCACCUGUGCCUGUACUUCAUUGAGCCACACUCGCAUCACCGUGAGAACAACAUCGCCCGCGAGGACACCGCCUCCGAGGCCAGCGACAGCGAGGAGUCCCUCGCCGCGGCGGCCCAGGCGGCCGGCGGCCUGGCAUCCACCGAGACCGGUGGCCUUUCUCUGCUGGACAUUGUGUCCAUGCGCAAGAUCGGCCAGCUGACCAACCUGGUGCCGGUUAUCGCCAAGGCCGACACCCUGACCCCGAGCGAGCUGGCCUCGCUGAAGGACCGCAUCCGCCAGCAGAUCGCCGCGUACGACAUCCCGGUGUACCGUCCCCCGCCGUCGGAUGACGAGGAGGCUUCGGACUCGGCCGAGACCGAUCCGAUCCCCUUCGCGGUCAUCUGCUCGGAGGAGUUUGUCGAUCUGCCGGACGGCCGGUCCGUUCGUGGCCGGAAGUAUGCCUGGGGUGUGGCUGAGGUUGACAACCCCGAGCAUUGCGAUUUCGAUCGCCUGCGUUCGCUGCUGCUGCGCACCCACCUCUUUGACAUCAUCCACCGCACGGAGGUCAUCCACUACGAGCGCUUCCGCAACCAGGCCCUGCUGAAGCUGAAUGUCCAGCCGGGGAAGACCCUGGAGGAGUCGCUCGAGGCGUACAACAGCGACAUCAAUGACCGCGAGCAUCAGAUCAGCCUCGAGUUCAGCACUCGCUCGGACAGCGUCCGCUCGGAUUUCGAGAUCAAGAAGAACAGCAUCAUCGAGGAGAUCAAGCGCCUGACCGCGGCCGAGUCCAUGCAGCAUGCCACCAUCGCCGACCUCGAGUCCCAGAUGGGCCAGCUGGUGGAGAAGUACAACGCCAUCGCCCUGAAGAAGAAGUAAGCGGCGUGCGGCUGUGCGCGUGUGCGCUCGCAAGCGGUGAAAGAGAUGGCAGAACCGGGGGGCGGGCAUGAGAAAGAGCGAAGGCACCGCCGUCGUGUCAUAUCAUCUCCCAGGCGCCCACCAGGGCGAGGGGGAAGGCCAGAGAGCCAGAGAGAG